UACCCUGGUUGCUGUCAGUUGUACAGGCGAGAAUGUAGGGACUCAGUAGCUUUAAUUGUUCUUGCAAUAUGAAGAAUGGAAGAAGACGAUGUGACUAUUAGAGAGCAGAAUUUCCACAGUCAAGUUCGGGAGUACAUCAUUUGCUUCCUCCUGUUUGCCGUCCUCUACAUCGUGUCCUACUUCAUCAUAACCAGAUACAAGAGGAAGAGUGAUGACCACGAGGAUGAAGAUGCUGUUGUCAACAGAAUAUCAUUGUACUUGUGCACCUUCACUCUGGCAGUGUCGGGUGGUGCCGUCUCCUUAUUGCCUUUCUCAAUCAUUAGUAAUGAGAUCCUGCUCUCCUUCCCCCAAAACUACUACAUUCAGUGGCUCAAUGGCUCCCUCAUUCACGGUCUGUGGAACCUGGUGUCACUGUUCUCCAAUCUUUGCCUCUUCGUCCUGAUGCCAUUUGCCUAUUUCUUUUUGGAGUCUGAGGGAUUUGCAGGAUCGAAAAAGGGCAUUAAGGCACGCAUUUUGGAGACCUUUGUGAUGCUCUUUCUCCUGGCAUUGCUCAUUCUUGGAAUUGUGUGGGUGGCAUCAGCCCUCAUUGAUAAUGAUGCAGCCAGUAUGGAGUCACUCUAUGAUCUUUGGGAGUUCUACCUGCCAUACCUCUAUUCCUGUAUUUCUCUGAUGGGAGGACUCCUUUUACUAAUGUGCACUCCUGUGGGGUUGUCCAGGAUGUUUACCGUCAUGGGCCAGUUGCUAGUGAAGCCGACAAUCCUUGAGGACCUGGAUGAGCAGAUUUACUGCAUCCAUUUGCAGGAGGAAACCCUUCAGAGGAGAUUAAACGGGUCUUCCACACACGCUUAUACCAGAGGGAGCUUUGCUCACCAGCUCAACAAAGAACUGGACAAUAUUAGAAAUCAGAGGAAUAAAUUGGAGAGAAGAAAGAAGGCAUCGGGAUGGGAGAAGAACUUGUUGUAUCCCAUAGUGAUGCUGAUCCUGCUCACAGGAACGACAAUCUCUGUUCUUCUGGUGGCACUGAACAUCCUCUAUCUUCUAGUAGAUGAGACUGCAAUGCCCAAGGGAUCCACAGAUCGAGCCAUUGGGAACACCUCUUUGUCCACAUUUGGUGUGGCUCAGGCAGUGCUGGAGAUUGUCCUCAUAUUCUACUUGAUGGUGUCUUCUGUCGUUGGCUUCUACAGUCUGCGUGUCUUUGAGGGACUCACUCCCAGGAAGGAUGACACAACCAUGACAACGAUCAUUGGUUGCUGUGUCUCCAUCCUGGUGCUGAGCUCAGCCUUGCCAGUGAUGUCCAGAACACUAGGAGUCCCCCAUGGCUCUUUUGGAGUGAACCAGCCUGGAGUGGAGGACAGCGAGGCUUUACCGGUUGCUGUUAUCUCCUGCGACAUUGCUGAGUCUCAUCGGACGAGCAGAUGAUGAAUAGGAGGGAGAACAUUGGUCACUGGGCGCGGACCACCACGAGCUCCCCUCUGAGUCUCCUCCACAGAUAUGAACCGCUGAGAUGUUAUGAGAACAGGAUAGCUCUCAAGACGCUUGCCUUUCACUCCUGAGAUGGUGCGUAAACAGAGCAGGGGCCGACAGAUGGGCCUCAGCAAACUGGUCCCGUUGACCCUUUAACCCCACUGUCCAGCACUCCCCUCAUCUCUACAAGAAAACGCAGAGGAAUUCCAAGGAGAUUAUCAUCCUUUAUGUCCUCGGGUUUGCUGCCGAUUGCGGGUGGUGCAUAUACAGAAUACACAAGGAAAGCACAUUCCCAGGAUCCUGGAGUAGCGAUAAGGCUACAUCCUGCUAAAACUCGUGAAAGCGACAAACAUAAAGAGGAAAUAAUGUAUAAUAUCUAAUGUGUUCUUAUGAGCUAUAGGUAUGACUCUAAGGUGAGACAUGACAAGUGGGGGUUUGCCGAGCUGCUAAUUUAAAAUGAGGCUUUGUAGUUUAAACAAAUACCAUGCUUUCCUUAUAUAGUAAAACUUAUUUUGGGUGCAAGUUCAGCUACUGUUUACCUGUUCGCAUCAUAUCUAUAGAGAGAGAUAAUGAGAGAGUCGUCUGUCUGAGUGAAGGAUUUGAACUUGCACGGUGAGACACAAGAAAGAAGAGACUAGCAAUUUGGAAAAUUAUCACUUCAGAUUGCCUGAAGCUAUACUUUUGUAUAUUCUUGUUCUUAUUUUCAACCUAUUUCCUGGUAUAAGCAGAGCCUGCCCAGGGUUUAAGGAGUUAGUAGCUGCUGCAGGAUGUAAAGAGGCAGUUUCAUUCAUAAUUUCCUCUGCAUAGUAUUAUUUGGGCUUUAUUUUAAAGUGGCACCCUGUGUGCACAAACACACACACACAUGCACACUAUAUUUUUCACUUACAGGUAACUGUCUUUCUUAGUGUUUGCGUUAGCAGAUGAUUCUACUUUUGCAGAGCUGCUGUUUGUAGUUGUGCACAGCAUCUGCUAUGCAGUCCUGUAGGCUGCAUAGCCCAUACUACAUAUUGCUUUUAGCUUAGUAGUAUUUUUCUGAUCUUAACUAAAGUUUAAAUUUCUUUUCUUUUUAUGUUUUCUACCCCUUGAGCUGAGGUUAAUGAUGAAUUUUAUUUGUCAAAGAGGAAAAUCUUCAGUUCUUUCCCUGAUCUGAUGGAAGGGGGACGAGUAGAUACAGUAAACCUUCCCUAAAGGUUCGCUGAUGUUCAUAAUUUUAUGACAAAAUCAUAUCUUCACUUAUAUUAGUGAUGAUAAUUUUUUCUCACAACAUUUUAGGACAAUAACUGAAAAUACUCUGUGGAUAUAUACAAAUAUGAUCUUUUGUUUUAUGGCUUUAGAUACAAUCCAAAGCCACAUCGCGUGUUUUGGGAGUUGGUGAUGAAAACAGUUUAUGUUUUGUUUUUAUAUAAUAUAGAAAUAUGUAUAUUUUAAUACAAUUGAAAGGAGAAAAUGAUUAAGUCAUUUUCUUAACUUUGAAGGACCUUUUUUUUACAGCGUAGUUAUCAAGUUACCAUGAAACUAUCGUCUACUUAGCGGUGAUGCUACUCUGCUGCGUGUGCUGUCUCUAUGACAACAGUACUGUAAUGGAGACAAAUUUUGGUGUUUUUUUUCUGUGACUUAUAGAACUGCAACAUGGCUUCUUUGGAAAUCCCAUGUUACCUUUUUCCUGAUAUAAAAACACACAUAUGAAGUUGCAAAGCGCUGCUAAAACGAUUUCUACUGCUGAAACUGCUGCUUGGCAUCCACCCUAACUACAGCAUGUAGCUGCUUUGUAAAGUAACAGUCCCUUAUUCUAAGGUUCAUUAGUUCGUUAAUACACCUUCAUUUUUGCUGUUAUGGAGAAACAUAGUGUCUUUGUGUAGCAUAGUUUAAACCUUUACUGAUCUGUGCAGAGAGGAAUUUUUGGCAUUCCUUGUUAAAUUUUAAUCUGCUUUGCGUUUUUUUCUUCUUCUUUCAUACAAGCACAGGGAAACAAAUCAGUAUAAGCUGGUCAGGUCAGCAUUGUGGUUUGUUUUCCAUGCCCACUUCCAGGACUUAAACCGCUGUGAGAAAUGAAUGAGAAGUGAUCCAGUUGUACUUGUUAAAACAGAAAACAAAGGGCUAAAACCAGAAAGGCUUCUGCUGAGAAGCAAACAGAUGAAGCAGGUAGAAACACGUUGCAAAGAUGUUCACAGAUUGUGCGCGGUGCUCAAACUCAGUGUCCUUCGGUAUCGAUAUUUUUCGUCUGGCAUGAGCAUUCACUCGAAGUUUUAAAGGAAAGCACACUUACUUAUAUAACAAUGCUGAUUAACAGAACAUUUCCCUUUUGUAGACCGCCACAAAGAGCGACUCUAGCGUCUCUGUGGCUGAGUCACCACACAGCUUGGGCCCCAUUCAUGUUUUUCCCAUGUUGCAAUUUACUCACUGAAUUAGGCUUCGACCAAAAAAGUGUUUCAGUCCCAAUUAUCAUCUGGCAAGGAAGAGAGGCGGUCUGACAGGGGUGGGGGGUGACAUACUUAAGCCUUUUCACUAGUGCUGCCUUGUUUCCCCUGUUACUCUCCUUGAGAGAGUAAUGUGUUUCCUCACACAAAAGGAGGAUCUUCAGAGAUAUGCCAAGAGUCUGGAGAGUGUGUUUGCUGGACCUGUGAAGAGACCUCUUUAGGAGGCUUUGAGGACAAUGGAGCAUGGGCACCGGCCAUGGUUUACUUUGUCCACGCCAAGCAUUUCACACGCACCCAGGGCAACAGCCGGUCUGAGCAAAGGCACAACAUUAGUCUGAGAUAUUGAAAGGCCUUUUUCAUCUUUGUCACCCAAUCAGUGCAAUGAUCGCUCCAAGGGAGUUAUGUUUGACCAGCACGUUUUUUCCCCCCUUAACACUCUUCACAUUCUUUACCUACAAACUAUUUCCCCAUUGAAAGGUAAUAUUUGAGCUCUUUUUGAUUAUAGUUUUAUGUCGCUUACAGAAACAGUUCAGAUUAAAAGACUGAUUCGGUGUGAGUUGGUCAUUUUGGUUGAUGUCUGCCCUCACUUGUAUGUGAUGCAACAAAAUAAUAGCUAAAAAGGAAAACCCAAAGAGUUAUCCUUUGAGAAAUCAGGCCCUGGUUGCUCUAUCAAAUCCACAAAGGGAACAUCCCAGUAUCUCCAAAACCGGGCAGCUCACAGUAAAACAAUCUAGCUGGAUAAACAGUACAGCAGACCUGAUGAAAAACGGGGAUAUUUGAUUUGCAGGUGAGCGGUCCCCUUUGCACGUAGAACUAAAAUGGCACAGUAAUGAAUCAAACUAAUAACAGGAGGAUGUUUUUCAUUGUGCAGCUAGAACUGCCUCCUGCACCGCUUGAUGUGCUUUGUAACUCAUAAAUAUUGAGGAGCAAUCAAGCAGAGUACGUAACGCCGACAAUGAACGCAUCAAAAUACAGAUUCAGAAUUGCACGAAAAUAAAAAUAAGAGUCUGCCAGAGCCUUUUUAUGCACGCGGUUGAUUUUAUAGUGACAGCGUCAUUGUGAUACAUAAAAAUAAUGGAUCAGAAGCCUUAUUGUGUUGCUCCAUUUUUAUCAUUUGCAUCUAAAUUGCUAUAACUAAAGCUCUGCGACAAUUAUCAUUUAUCGUUUUAUUGAUAAUGAUCACAAAUUUAUUCAGUUCCUUCUAAAUUUGAGGAACAUACCACGUUGACAAGGCCAGAGGAAUGCCAGUUUGAGUGAUCUGCAGCUGAAACGGAGGCAGCAUCCAAUACAUCAUCAUUAUAGCUGAAGUUUCCAAUCUCUCCUGUGUUUCCAAUCUCAGCCUGCUCUAUUUGCCCCACCACAUUGUUCAUAUCUCAAUGGCUAGGCUGUUGUUGCUAUAGCAAUAUGUGGAUCUGUCAAAGGGCCCAGGUUGCUCCUAAUUCAAGUAUAUGGCACCUUAUAGUAGAUGUUUUAAACAGUCUUAGCAAUGUGUUAUAAUAGGAAGACAAGGGCGGACAAAUUACAUGGCACUGACUAAUACAGAAAUGUGUAUUUCUUUCUUUGGUGAGGUAUCUCAAAAUGU